CAAGUGGGGAGAAUUUGAGGAGGUGGUGGAGGGAGAUUUGUCCGUCGUCUUGUCGGAGUCCAUGNCCUUGAAGCACGGCAUCAAGUUGAAACCAUUCGUCGUCGUCGGCGGAAGAAGGGAUCUUAGAGCCGGAGAGAAACCCGUGGAGAUUAAACCGUCGAACAAGGAGCAAGAAAAGACGGCUCCAUUUUUUGUAAUUAGGUUGAGAAAAACUCAACUUCAGCCGCGCACGACCUCCUCUCCCUUCUGCGUUCUCCUUCAUACAAGGAAGAUCAGAUCGAUUCUUCAUCGAUCGGACACACAAAUUGCAAAUUGGAGUGGCGACCCAGCCUCUUCCUUCGCGGCCGACCAGCCACCACCACCGCCGCACCCACCCUCAGGGUAUUUGGUGAUUAUGGAUUUACAAACAUGUAUUGUUACACAUGUUGAGAAUGAUCAACCACAUGAUUUUGGUGGUGAAGAAGAAGACCUGGUUUUAUAUGAGUUGCAGCCCAGUUUGCCGGCUCAGUACCUGUUCGGAGGGGUGAGGCUGCCGGCGCUGAAGCUAAAGGGGUGGGCCUGCCGGCGCUGGAGCUGGAGGGGUGGGCUGGCGAGGGGUAGGGUUGCCGGCGCUGCUAUGCUCUCGAUGGAGAAGAAGGAGGUGCAAUUGGAGUUGUUCGAAAUCUGUUGCUUGUGGAGGUUGAAGUUGGAGAAGGGAGAUUUGGGAAUUUUGGGGAAGAAGGCGGGUUGGGAAUUUUGGAGAAGAAGGCGGGUUGGGAAUUUUGGGGAAGAAGCCCCACUAGCCCGGAGUUCCAUUUUUGGGGGUUCAUCAAUGGCGAUGGUACAUUCUAUCUGCAAAUCAUUCCUAAAGUUUCCGACCACCGCCGGCUAUGUGGCGAUUACAUCGUUGUCAUCUUCCCUCGUUCGGCGCCGCCGCCGCGGCUCCUCCGUCCUUUCCGUCGAUAAGGCAACGCAGGCGAGGAGCUGGCCGGGAAUUAGGGAACGAGUCCAACGAAUUAUGUCGGCGGAUCUCAGUACCGCCUCCGGCGGCGAUAAGGAUCUAGGCGGCCGGGAAUACUUGAUGUUGUCGGAGGAGCAGCUGCUGCGGCAGUGCGAGAUGGAUACGUUCAAAUCGUCCGGUCCCGGCGGACAACACCGCAACAAGAGAGAGUCUGCUGUGCGGCUAAAGCACCGUCCCACCGGUAUUGUUGCACAAGUACAUAAUUCCCUUAAUCGUGGACUUUAUUAUGUCUGUCAUUUCUGAAGAUGAAAUUCUUCAUAUGAUUAUAUGAUGCCAAAAUAUUUUAAGCUCCAAAGAGUAAUCCGAUUUUCAUAAAAAGAAAAAAAAGAUCUGAGGAUUGGUUUUCUCCAACUAGUUAUCAUCUUUCUCCAGAUUUGUGAGUACUGCUAGAAGAAUUACUUAGGGUGACGUGUCAAAGGAACCAACUCAGUCAAAAAGCCGAAGCUUGUGUUUGUAGGAUCUAUGGAGGCUUUAUACUCUCACACGCCCUUCCACGUGAACAUUAGUUUUUGUUAAACUGGUAGCGGCUGCUGAAGAUCGGUCACAACACAUGAAUCGUGCCUCGGCAGUUAAACGGUUGCGAGCUCAACUUGCUCUUAAAGUGAGGAACAACAUAGAUCUUGAUGCUUAUGCACCUCCAGAAGAGCUACUGCAGAUACUCCCUGCCAAGUCAUCAAUCAAGGGAUCCCAUUCUGGAUCUACGAUUGGACCAAACAAUCCAAAAUUUAUUCCGGUCCCGUUUAACCCCUCCCUCACAUCAUUUGACUGUUUAUAUUCUUCUUUUCCCAAAUUUGUCUGGACUACUUUUUACUUUCUUAAACCUGCAGGGAAUGCAAGCACUACUUGAUCUAGUUUUUGCUGUUGAGGGAUCUAUUUCCGAAGCAGCCAAGAAGUUAGGGUUAAGCACCGGGGCUUUAUCAAGGCUAAUACUAUCAGAUGAUUCUCUCAGAAUGGCUGUCAAUGAGUUCAGAGCGUCUAAGGGUAUGAAACCACUCAAAUAGGAUGGCUGUCUAAAAUGGUGCCUCACAGCCAUCUAUAUGCAGAAAUGGGAAUAACGAUGACUUUAUUUUUGCCUAACAUUCUGUAAUAUUUGUUAAGGAGUUUUUAUCAUGGUAAUACCAUCACCACAAUGUGUCCCAUCCACCCUGCCUUGGUUGAUGGACAAGAAUCCGUAUAUUACGUAGCUGAGGAAAGAUGAAAACUAGCAUUGUAACAAAAAGUCGUCUGCGUGCCACACUGCCACUAUAUGAUGAAUCAAGAAGCCUCAGUCACACCACAUGUGACACCGCCAGUGUGUCAAAGACAAUGAUUUCUUGCGGACAAUGAUUGUCUGUGCGUGAAUGUCUCUAGUGGUGUCAAAUUUUGUGUCAUUUCUAGUUUUAAGAGCAUUACUCUUGUAGCAUUGCAUUUCCCCCACUUGAGCUACACACAAGGCAGUUAGGUGUUUCAUCCCAUUGCUAUUUCUACCCGAAGUUCUAAUAUGUUCUUGCCAUAUGGCCGAUUUUGAAGUGCAUAGUUAAUUUAUGAUUCUCUUACAUUAGAUAAAUGUUUUUACUCUAGGGUAUGAGUCUAUGGCACCAACUCACAAAUUUUACCACAAUAAUAUACUUCUCAUUUU